GGAUAUCUAUUUCACUAAGUAUGCUAUCAUGAUGGUCAUAGACAUCCAAUUGAGGCAAAUAUGCUGAGAUUACUCCACCUAAUGAUGCCGUACCCGGGUCCCGGGGUGGAACAUUAACCAUGACCUUAUCUACGGAGUUACAUCCGCAGAUUCCCAAGCCAACUAACCCAACGCUAUCACUAACCCCUCACUAACCAGCCCAGCACUCUUAAAUAUAACCAUGCAAGCAUCCCUCAUCCACAGACAAUAGCACUUCAUAUCAUACUAUCAUACAGCAAACAAUCGCAACAAUGGGCCAAACACACCCGUCCUCCAAACCCACACCACCUUCUCCCUCCAUCGAAACCUUCCCCUACGGCACCGAUCACAGCCUCCAAACCGUCACAGUGGCCACUCUCAACAACGACAACAAUGAAGGCUACUGGGUGAUUCUAAUUCACGGCGGCGCCUGGCGCGACCCAACCCAAACCGCCACAAACUACCUAACCCCCGCCCUAAGCACCCUCACCACCAAUCCCUCAUACACCAACAACACCACCCACCUCAAAGGCAUCGCCUCAAUCUCCUACCAUCACAUCUCCGAUGUCCAAUCCGCGCUGUCCUUCCUGCAAGGGAAAUACAACAUCGGGAGGAAUUACAUCCUAGUGGGACAUAGUUGUGGAGCUACGCUGGCGUUUCAGUCCAUGAUGGGGAGGUUUCGGGACUUGUUGAAGGGGGAGGUAAUGCUGCCUCCUCCGGUGGGGAUUGUGGGGAUGGCGGGGAUUUAUGAUCUUCGGUUGUUGAGGGAUACGCAUCGGAGUGUGAGUGCGUAUCAGGAGUUCAGUGAGGGGGCGUUUGGGGCUGAUGAGGCGGUUUGGGAUGAGGUGUCGCCUGCUUUGGGGAGGGGAGAGGAGGGGGUAUGUGGUGGGUGGAGUGGGAUUGGGGAUGGGGAUCGGUUGGUGGCGGUGUUGGCGUAUUCCGGGGGUGAUAGUCUGGUGGAUCCGGGGCAGAGGGAGGUGAUGAGGAAGGCUUUGGAGGAGGAGUGGGUGGGUGGUGGUGGAAGGGGAAUGUUGGAUAUCGAGGGGGAUCAUAAUGAUGCGUGGGAGAAGGGAGAGGACUUGGCGAGGGCGAUUGCGUUUGCGAUUGAGAAGGUGAGGGGUCAGUAG